CCAGCAGGCGGUGGGGUUUCAGUCAGGGGGAGACUGACAGGUGGACCGUCUAAUCUUCCUCGGCCGUGGGACGACCAUGGCUCUCUCCAGGAUCUGUCGGGAGUCUUUGCUGGUGAUUUUGCUGCAAAUCGUGUUGAUUUGCUCGGCUCAGAGGGGCCCGGUCGGUCCCAGAGGCCCCCCGGGGCCCAUCGGAGCAGCAGGCGUGCCCGGAGUGGACGGCAUUGAUGGCGACCGAGGAGAAGACUCCGCGGUGGACGGAGGACCGGGCCCCGGCGGAGACGACGGGCGGGACGGAGCUCCGGGAGCAGCAGGCCUCCCGGCGGCGGACGGACCCGUCGGACCUCCUGGAGAUCCGGGCCUGGGGGGCCCUAAAGGACAAAAAGGACAGUCGGGGCCCGUCGGCUCUCUGGGAGAGAAGGGGGUCGGAGCCGACGGGCUGGAUGGCCUCCCCGGCACCGACGGGCUGCCAGGUGAACUCGGCAAAGUGGGACCACCUGGAGCAAGAGGCGGGCGAGGUCCAGUGGGUCUCCCUGGUUCUGCUGGGCCGCGGGGUCCUCCGGGUGUGUACAAGGGCGAGGAGCUGUGUCCCAACGCCUGCCCCGCCGGACUCAACGGGCAUUCUGGUCUCCCCGGCAUGAAAGGCCACAAAGGGGUCAAAGGUGAAUCCGGUGAGCCUGGAAGACAAGGACACAAGGGGGAGGAAGGCGAACAAGGACCGACGGGGGAAGUCGGCGCUCAGGGACCACCGGGCCAAGGCGGAACGAGAGGCCUCCAGGGAAUCAGCGGCGCCAAAGGCGACAGGGGAGCUCGUGGACAACCAGGUGACGGAGGUCCUCGCGGGAUCCAGGGGGCCCCAGGCGACCGGGGUCAAAGAGGAGUCGUCGGGGAGCUCGGACCGGCGGGAGUUCAGGGGGAUUCCGGUCCGUCGGGGAUCAGAGGAGUGCCGGGGCCGAAGGGAGAGCCUGGCCUCGCCGGACCAGACGGCCGUGAGGGGAUACCUGGUCUGCCCGGGUCCAAGGGUCUCACUGCGAAAAAUGGGGCUCCGGGUGGCGCUGGCCCACAGGGGCUUCCUGGUUUGCCGGGCGCGUGGGGCCAGAAGGGAGUCAGUGGCGCAGCGGGUACCCCGGGCGAUCCCGGUGCUGUUGGGGAGAUGGGGUCUCCAGGGAAACAAGGCGAGCGAGGCGAGCAGGGAGAGGUGGGACCGGCCGGAGCUCGAGGAGGACCAGGCGCACGAGGAGAGCGAGGGCCCGACGGGCCCCUGGGAUCACCAGGACCCCGGGGAAUCAAAGGGAACCCAGGCCUUCCCGGGCUUCCUGGCCCUGCUGGUUACCGUGGUGAGAAGGGCGACAGGGGGGCCGUCGGUCUCGAUGGUCCAAAAGGAGACCAGGGAUCUGCAGGUGCUGAAGGAACAGCGGGAGAUGCUGGAGAACUGGGGGAUCAAGGAGAACUGGGGGAGAAAGGAUCGACCGGCCCCCCGGGGCAGACGGGGAACAAAGGAUCCGAGGGCGGCAGAGGGCAGCAGGGCAAGGAGGGCAAGCCGGGCCAGCGGGGGCCUCGUGGCAUGCAGGGCGACCCGGGGGUACCGGGCCUGCCGGGGGGGCAGGGCCCAGCGGGAAAAUCUCCGACAGACACACACAUCAAACAGGUCUGCAUGCGGGUGAUGCAAGAGCAGCUGGCCCAGCUGGCGGCGAGCCUGACCAGGCCCGAGUCCGGCAUCUCCGGCAUCCCCGGCCCCCCCGGCCCUCCCGGAGCCCCGGGCCCCAACGGGGAGAACGGCUUCCCCGGACACACCGGCUCUCGAGGACUGCCCGGUCUGAAGGGUCCGGCUGGGCUCAUAGGGCGCAAAGGACCCAAAGGUGACCAGGGCGACCGAGGGGACAGAGGACCCACAGAGAGAGGGUCCAAAGGGGCGCCGGGGGCCCCGGGUCUACCAGGUGAACCCGGCCGAGCGGCUUACGGCACGGACGGGCGCGACGGGGAGAGGGGCCCCCGCGGCGUUCCCGGUGUACCGGGAGUUCCCGGGCCCCCCGGCACUGCCGGCGCCACCGGUUACUGCGAGUCGUCCCAGUGCGUCGCGCCCAUGGUGGCGUCGCCGAUGUCCAGCAUGAAGGGCCCCAAUGAGAUGUGAGGAGGAACCGGGGUGGGUGGGGGGGACAUUUGUCUUUUUAUUUCUGUGAGCUCAUUUGGAAGAAGCCCUUCGGUUCCCUUGAAGCCAGGCGGUUUGGUUACGAGCUGAAGGUGGACACUGAGAAGCCAAAUCCAGCUCUUGAAAAGGCCUCAAUUUGCCCUUUUGACGCCGUCUGUCGUGCGCGGAGAAGAACGUUUCGACCCGAGCAGCAGCGAGUCUGAACCUUGUUCUGUGCGUUUAUGUAAAUGUGUCAAUACACAGAUGAUACAGCUGGAACGCACGUGUUGUUUGAGCAUCUGUCCACUUUAAUCUGUCCGCUUAUGUUUGAUAUUUGUUGUCAUGACUGUAGUUUAUAUGAAAACCUGGCAGUUUUAUGACCUAUUUAUUAUAUCACAGUUCAAGGCGACAUCGAUUUGUACAAAGGAGGAAAUAAACACGUUUUGAUAACCUCUGGCAUGUUUUGUAUCGACAAAAACAUUGAAUAGUUUAUCACGUUGUGCAUAAAUAAAAUCCUAUUUAGAGAACGA